AUGUCAAAAUUCUGCGGUGUAAUUUCUAAGCGUCUAAAUUCCGAAGCGUUGGAGCCCAUGCGUUUCAGUCAUCUAGAAAUGCUCAUUCACUGGCUCGCCAGUGAGUCUGAAUCGCUGGAAUCAGAUUUUCUAACAAAAAGUGAAGCGGUACAAGAACAGCAGCUGCAAGUGAUACAGAAUGAAACUAAAGCAAUAACACGCACACACUCCUCCACUCUUCUGCAGCUCAAUGGCAUUCAUGAAAUAAUGCAGACGCUUAAACAAAAAGUAGCCGCCACGGAGCAGGAGCUGCAAGUGAACGGCGCGAGUAUAAAAAUGCUUGAGAGCAAUAUCAAAGCCCUGGAGGAUUAUGCAAAGCGACCAUUGACACCAGCUGGCAUCACCUGCGGUUGUCCACUCGUUUGUCAGCAGCAUCAACAACACAAUAUGUUGAAUCUGUUGCAGGACACCGAUCGCACCAUCAACCAAAUGAAUACGGUAAUGAAUGAGAUACAUGAGCUGGAGCCAUAUAUGGAGCAAAUGAGUAAUCCGUAUCAUACAAUAAGCAGCAUUCUGGAUUGUCAUGUUUCGACUUUGAAACAGACUGAAAAGAAUCUGGAUCGUUUAGUCGAUAAGUUGAAUGCGGUCGAUGAGAUGUUUCAGUUGGCGAUGCGUGAGUGGAGAAAUAUUUUCCAAAAUUGUGAUAUUAAUAAAGACGCAUCUUAUUUAUACAAACUAUUUUAGUAAGAAUUUUAAUAUUGUAUCGCAACUGGUCUAGCACAAUUAAUUCUAAUAUCGUUUUAAAUGCUCACUAGAUGUAUUACAAAUGUAU